GGUGUGAAGUUGUGAGCAUGAAAACUUGAGCACCAAGUGCCUCUCAAACCUGCCACAGGAUCCUUUCAAGGGUGCCGCAGGGCGAUGUCAGGUGUGCAGACACCAACACGUGAUUCAUAAGAUCAGCCCAGUCAUUUCAAGUAGGAAUCCAGAGGGUCACCGACAUGUUGCCCUGUCGUGGGCUCGCUGUGCUCUUUGCAACAGAAGAACUGCUCCGCUCUCUUUUCCAUAGUCAAACAAUGAGUGCCGGUAGAGAGCUGGCAUUUUCUAAGGGGGGCCUGGAGUCUGACAAGGGGAGCUUUGAGCCUAUAAAGGGUAGAGAAGCACUGGUCGGGGUGUAUUGUCUCCUAGAGCUGGGAGGAGAACCCAAGACUCCUGACUGCCCUCUUCCAUAAUUUCCCUCUGUAGCCACUAGACCCUUCAGGUCACUUCCCCGUCCAUCUGUGGGUGGUAACCCCCCCAGCUCCCCAGGGCACUGUGUGAGCAGAGGCCCUGGGCGCAGCUCCAUGCUGUGCUGAGGCAGCUGUCUGUGCCUGUCCCUGCAGACCCAAUGGCCUACGAGCCCAAGCCGGACUCGGAGAACCUCCCCAUCAUCACCAUUGACCCUGCAUCGCCCCAGUCCCCGGAGUCAGUCGACCUGGUGAACGAGGAGAUGAAGGGCAUGAGCCGCCUGCCGCCAUCACCCGAGGAGGAUGAGGAGGGCCUUGUGAUGCGGGUCAAGGAGCCGUCCUCCCCGGGCACGGACGACGUCUUCACCCCGGGGACCAGUGACAGCCCCAGCAACCAGCGGAUGCUGCGGUGCCUGAGCGACCCCGGGCCUCGGCCGGAGCCGGAGGAGGGGGAGCCCUUCAUCCCCAAGGGGCAGUAGCAGUGGGCAUGCAGCCGGAUCCGGCCUGGAGGGGUGCCGUUGCAUACGUGUGGAUUGUCUCUUUCCCCGGGUUCCCCUGCCCCUGGGUGCUGGGUUUCAGGCUGGGGGGGGCACUGUGGACAAGGAGGAAGAGGAGACCCCCGUGGGAGGGGGCCCCUCCAUUGUAGCCUGGUUCUACAGCUUCCCUGGGCUGCGUCCUGCGUUGCAGGAGCCUGUGUAGCCUGCAGGCGCCUCCUGCCCGAGGGCAGCUCCGUGUCUGUUCACCCUGCCUCAGCUGCAGCCCCGGCCCUCGCCGACUCAGGACCUGCGGUGGCAACGCGUGUGCUUGGGGCACCCCCUCACGGCGCUGGCGGACAGGAAGACGGGCUCUGGCCUGGUCCCUCGCGGUGCCCUCUGCUCCCAGCACAGUGCAGCUUCGCCUCCGCCAAGCCUUGCUCAUCCCCGCCACAAGCUACAGCAUCCCUGCUCUCCAUCUGGCCACCGAGGCUGGCACUGCCCCCAGCACAGGGACUGAAACCCCGCAACAAGGUUCGCCAGGCUGCCACCCUCCAGCAGCCUCAGCAGCACCCGGACAUCCCUCCACCCUGGCCUGGCUCAGCUCUGCGUCGUCAUCCUGUGCUGUUGGGGUCCUCCGUCCGCUUGGCUCCCGCCCGGACAGCCAGGUUUUUAAGUGUCUCCUUGUUCAGUGUUGGAGCGAAUGCAGCGCGUGGGACUCUUGCUGGGGUUGGGGGUGGAUUGAGAGCAGUAUAGCCAUAGCUGGGGGGUGGUGCUCUGCUUCUGUUGUGGCUUUUGGAGGUCUCUGUGCACUUUGUCCUCGCUCGGACCCUGUAGGGAUAGGCGCGUGAGCAGGGAGCCUGCUGCAGGACCCCAGCCCCUGCGGGCCACGCUGGGGCCGUGUCCCAGCAUGGUCAUGGCAGGGCGGGGACUUCUCUGGACUCACGCUCCCUACCUUCUUUUAAUCACCCACCCACAGAUGGAUCUCCACAUACCGGGUAAAUCCACGAACAUUUCUUAACCAAAGACGGCUGUGAGGGUCACUGUAUAUCACAGGGAGGAGAUUGCAGAGGCUGGGACUGCUUCUGGCUUUGUCUUUAUACUGCAUACUUCAUAUCUUUCCUUAAACGGGGGCUUUGUGGGCAUGGGGGAGCCUUGGGGGUGGCCAACCCGGCACCCUGCCUGCUGUGGCACUGCCCCCGCCCUGGCCUGUACUGCUCAGUCCUCGAUGCUAAGCUUUAAUGGCCUUUAACUCCAAAAGAGGGCUCUUUGCAGCUGCCGGCACGAGCAGAGGCCGAGAGCCCGCGGUCCCCUGGCUGUCCGUGUGUGCGUGUGCCUGUGUACGAUGCUGUUUCCGGGAGGAAUAAUCAAGCAAUGAAAAUUCUCUCUUGUAUAAAAAACACAUGUAAAGAGAAUCUUUUUUCAUGAAUAUUCUAAUAAAUUAAUG